GUACGCGAGCAUGCUCUCACCUCACGGCCGUCGACUACGUCCAUUUCAACGCUAACUAGAUCUCAGUCAUGCUGCAACUUGUCUUUCACUCACCGCACCGAACGACCGAGCUAUGUGCUGGCAUCUUCAACCUACGGUCAAUCUAGCCCUCUUUCCAGGUGCUCUUGAGCGUACGCCCAUCCUGCGCCGUCCCUCGCUACACGCCGAGCUUCACGGUGCCUGCGGCUAUGCUUUCUCUUACAGGGUCUGGCUCUCCAUGCUCCGCCCCGAGUCUUGAGUACAAAAGGCAGAUGAAGAGACUGAGGAGCUCAUCGACCCAGUCGACUACUCAAAGACUCCCUUCCAUUUCAGAUCUCCUUCGCCUUAAAUAUGAAGACCUCCGCCAUCCUCGUCGCGCUCGCCGCAUCGAUGUCCGCGUCUGCGUACACGAUCACCUUCAAGAACCAGUGCAACUAUGCUGUCUGGCCCGCCGUCGGAAAGGCCCCCCAGGGUCAGGUCGACAACUCGGUGAGGUUUGGCGCGAAGCUCAACCCUGGCGAGAACAUCUCCUGGAACAUCGACGGCCACCAGCUCGGCAUUCGUGGCUGGGGCCGUACUGGCUGCGACGCUAAUGGAGCCAACUGCCAGACGGGCGCCUGCAACGGCGGCCUCGUCUGCAACGACGCGGGCAUCACCGCCCAUGCCAUCUAUUCCGAGUACGGCUAUGGCGACAACGGCCAGUGGGGCGGCGAGCGCACGUACUGGAACCUUUCCUUUGUCGGCGGAAGCGUCAACAUCCCGGCGCGUCUCUCGGCGACCGAUGGCCAGUCUGUCACCUGCACGUCGAACUCGUGCCCGACCGACCAGGCGUAUCACCAGGAUGGCGACGACGCGGCAGUGCGCAAUUCGCCCAUCUCGGCGAGCUUCACGCAUACCUUCUGCCCCUGAUAAUUCUCGCACUGAGAACGAAGCGCGCAUACGAAAGAAUGUGGCUGUAAUAAUUGGGUUUGCUGACGGACUACUGGCUGGACAAUAAUACAUACCCGGUAGUAGUACUGUCGCAAUGGUAAAGGGAACCUUGUUGCUCAU